GGAAUCGCUCGCAGGGGUGUGAGUCCGUGCAAAGGUGCACCCAGGGGUGUGAAUUCUGCACUGAUUCCCCCCAUCGGGAGAAGUUGGUGCUGAGCUGGGAUGACCCCGGAGGAGUGGACCUACCUGGCCGUGCUGCUUUUCUCUAUCCCCAUUGGCUUUGUCUUCAAGAGAGGGGGACACCAAGUGAAGCAGUUUGGGGGGGCAGCCGUGGGGCUGUUCUUGACGCUGGUCACCUGCAACAUCCACACCUUGCACUCCCUGGUCACCAUCCUGGGCACAUGGGUCAUCCUCAGCCUCUCCCCCUGGUCCUGUCAUUACCUGACCCUCGGCUGGACCUUCUCCUACCUGCUCUUCUUCCGGACGGUGACUUUCUUCGGGCUGCCAGCCCCCACCCCCUUCACCAAUGCCGUGCAGCUGCUGCUGACCCUCAAGAUGGUGAGUCUGGCCAAUGAGGUGCAGGAGAUCAGUCGGGCCAAGAAGCAGGACGUCACCUCGUUUGCCAAGGGCCCCGCGAUUGGGCUGAUGCCCAGCGUGCCUGGGCUGGGCUCGAUCCUCUGCUACAGUUACUGCUACGUGGGGCUCAUGACAGGCCCCUUCUACCGCUACAGGACCCACCUGGACUGGUUGCAGCAGCCGGACUCGCAGGCCAUCCCCAGCUGGCGCCCCCUGGUGGCGCGGGCCAGGCUGGUGCCAGUCUACGGGCUGCUCUUCCUGGGGGCCUCGCGGCUCUUCCCGCUGGAGUACGUGCGGAGCGAGGCCUUUGCCGCCCGGGCGCUGCCCUUCCGCCUCUUCUACAUGUGCGGAGGAGGGGGCGCCAGGGGCGGCUCCCCCCGAGUACGACUACGAGACCAUCAAGAACAUCGACCCUUACGGCACCGACUUCUGCGUGCGGGUGCGGGAGGGCAUGCGGUACUGGAACAUGAGCGUGCAGUGGUGGCUGGCCCAGUACAUCUACAAGACCGCCCCCUUCCGCUCCUACGUCAUGAGGAGCGGCUGGACCAUGCUGAUCUCGGCCUAUUGGCACGGCCUGCAUCCCGGGUACUACCUCAGCUUUCUGACCAUCCCGCUGUGCCUGGCGGCGGAGGGGGCGAUGGAGGCCGGGCUGCGGGGGCGCCGGGGGGCGGCGCCGGAGCCCGACCGCUCCUGGGGCGCCUGGGUGCACUGGUUCCUCAAGAUGCGGGCCUACGACUAUAUGUGCAUGGGCUUCGUGCUGCUGGAGCUGGGCGCCACCCUGCGGUACUGGCGCUCCGUCUACUUCUGCGUCCACAUAGGCGCCCUGGCCCUGCUGCUCCUGGGCCGCGCCCUGCCCCGGCCCGCCGCCCAGGAGCCGCACCGCGAGGGAGGGGCCGGGGGAGCCCCCCGCCCAGGACCUCUGGGGGCUGGGGAAUAGCCAGGGCGCAGGGGCUCCGGGCCCUGGGGGGCCACACCCUGGGGGCUGGGAGCAGGACCUGCACAUGGGCUCUGUGCUGGCCAUGGAGGGGGUUGGGGGGAAGGGCAGGGGCAAAUGAGGUGGCCCCCCCAUCCUCCCCUCUCUACAGUCCCCCCUCCUGGCUGGCUGGGAGGGGGAAUCUGCCCCAGACUUCCUUUGGGGGGGUGGGGGGAGAGACACUGAUCUGUUACACUGCUUCCCCCAAGGGUUCUGGCAGGCCUGCCCCUCCCCCUCUCCCUGUGGGGGGGGUAGGAGCCCUUCCCCCGCAUAGGCAGGAGAUUCUCCCCCCCUCCGCCUCCCAGCAAGACCCACACAUAAGAGGGUGUUUUCUACCCCUCCCCCCAGCCGAUGCUACACUCUGGCCUUAGAUGAGGGGUUCUCAGAGUGGGGGUUGGGACCCCCCAGGGGAUCAUGACGUUAUUACAUGGGGGGUCAGGAGCUGUCUGCCUCCACCCCAACCCCCCUUUGCCUCCAGCAUUUAUGUAAUG